CCCAAGCCUAUCGAUUAAACAAGAACGCUUUCCAUUAAGUUGGCAUGACAAAGAUGACGGCUUGUUUAAUGUAAGUUGGCAUCUGCGGCGCACCUUACAAAAUCUCGAAUCUACUGUGUCUUCUGGACGAACCGUUUAUGAGAAUGGUAUUAUUUUCCCAUGGACUCGUGCCAACAAGAUUCCUGAUAAUUUUAUCUCAUCUCUCUAUAGCCGUGCUAAUUUUAUGGUCUAGGGAUCAGAAUGUAAAAUCAUGUCUACCUUUGGAUUAUACAGAUGAUGAGUAUUUAUUACAAGAUAAAGAAUUGGUUAUUGGAUUGAGUAUUGCCCUGGGACUACUAGGAUUUGAAUUGUUGGGCUUUCUGUCAGGAGUAACAAUGUUUGUGCCUCUCACAGCAAUGAUUUCUAUUGCCUGUCAUGGCAGUGCUUCAAUUUUACUAACAUAUUUUGUUUUAGAUGAAUGGGACUGCCAUCUCUAUUGGUGGUUAUUUACCUUCUGUAGUGUAUUGCCUGCUGUUACUGAAGCCGUCACAAUUCUCAGGUCAUUGUUCCUGAAAUAUUAAUAUAAACUAGUUAAAGAGUUCACAACUGUAUGUUGUGUUCAAAUGCAACAUAGACUGGUGUUUAGAAACUUAUUUUGUUUCUAAGGAAAGUGUGAGUUACUCAGUGUUUAAGAAGUUUGAGAAAGUGCAAAUAAUCACACUGCCUGUUCAGAAAAAAAAUUUGGGCAUUGAAAAACAAUUCUCUCAAAUACCUUAUACUUAAUAACUGAAAAUACCAAACUGUGUAAUAAAAGGUGAAACUAUUUGCCUUCAAGACAUUUUUCAGCUAUCUGAUGUUAAACAUAGUUGCAAAGCAUUAACAUCAUUCAUUUCAGGAUGGAUACAACAAACUUAAAUUAUUUUUAAGUGUUUUCUGUGUUAAAUUAUAUAUACUAUUUAUGUAGACAAGAAAAGUAUUAUUUCAAAAAUAUUAAAGUUUGUCAGAUGAACCUAUGACCGUGAUAUAAUGGGAGGAAUACUGUACACAGUAAAGGCAUAAAAAUAUUCUUACAAUGUUGCAAUAUAACUGUGUAAAAUAAUAAACUGUUAACAACCCUUUUUUACUGCAAAAUAUUUGAAACUGGUGCUUCAGCAGGGCACAGACUUUCUUGUACUUGUUAGUUUUCUAAUUUCUUUGUCUGGGCUAGCAUUUCGAUCUUGGCUCAUCCUCUUGCCAACUGCCAUUUUUUGCUGCCCAAAGUAUGUUUUUUUGUAAUUUUCACAAUUUUUCAGAUUCCUAAUGAUAGAACCAAAACAUUAAGAAAAUCAUAGAAGACUAAAAUCUUGACCUAUAUGUAUUUUUUGUUGAAAAUUUUAAAGGUUGUUUUUCAGAAAAUGUCAUUAAAGAAUUAUUGUAAAUACGAAAAAUGAAGAGCAUUAUCACAGAAAACUUUUGAGUUUUCCAGAAACUUCAUUUUCAGAGCACUCACAA